GUAGUAGUUGUGUGUAGAUUAGAUAAGAUAGUGUUUGUGAGGUGUGUGAAGUAGUGGUGUGUAGAUUAGAUAAGUUAGUGUUUGUGAGGUGUGUGUAGUAGUUGUGUGUGUGUGUAAGAUGUCCGAGCUGAACGCUUGUGCAGGGACGGCUGUAUUUGUGUUGUCCCUUUUAUCGGUGCCUUUGUCCUACAGCUUUAAUCACCUCAUCACUACACAAAGUACUGAGACUGUACUCAUUGCUGCUGUAUCGGUUGUUGUGGUUUUAUCCCACCUGGCUGGAGUCCUGCUGAAGCAGAGGGCGCCGACUGAUCCUCUGUUCUAUGUGUUUGCUCUGUAUGCAUUACUGAGUGUUGUAAACCUUAUAAUUGGCCUUGAGCAGGAUGGAAUCAUCGACAGCUUCGUGACCUUUUACCUGAAGCAGGCAAAUCCUCACAUCAACACUGCUCAUGGUCACAUGAUCUCGUACUGGGAUGGCUGCGCUCACUAUCUUAUGUACCUGCUGAUGGUGGCUGCAAUAACAUGGGGGGAGAGUUACAGGCUGAUCGGUCUGUACUGGCUCGGCUCCUUCCUCAUGCAGGUUAUUGUCUACAUUCCAGGCAGUGUGGUGGGUAAAUAUGGUGCUCAGCUGAAUGCUCUGUUUCUGCUCCACCUGCUCUACGUGUCUGUCUCUGUGUGGGCCUGUUUUAGAGUCUUUAUCCAGCCUGCAACACGAGACAUACCACCAACAAACGUUCAGUGUGAACAAAUGAAGUCACUGUUACACAGACCUGUGGAUUUGUUCUUCAUACUCGGCCUCAUCAUUACCUCAAUCUUCUCCGUUCUCAGAGGCCUGGUGGUGCUGGACUGUCCUGCUGAUUGGUGUCGUGAUUAUGUGCUAAAUUAUGAACCAUACCUCAAAGACACCUCAGCAUAUCCGACUGUACAGAUGUUAGUGAACAUGCUCUACUCCACUCCGUGUGUUAUAAUGAUGAUGUAUGGACUGUGUGUUCCGGGCUGUGAUUGGCUGCCAGACCUGAGUCUGGUGCAUGCUGGGGCCAUCGCUCAGGCUCAGUUCUGUCACAUUGGAGCAUCGCUACACACCCGGACUCCCGUCAUGUACCGCAUUCCAAGUGAGCGACUGCUCUUCUUCUGCACCUUUAACCUGUUUUAUGCUUUAAUACCUCAAGCUCUAAGUUACCGAUGCAUCAGCCGUCCUGCCUUCUUCAUCAGCACAACCCAACACAGCCGAACCAACUGACCCUCCCUGCUACAUAACAUCAGGACUACAGGGAGGCUACAGUGUCCCCUCAGUACUGACCCUCCUUACAACUCCCCCUCAGUACUGACCCUCCUUACAACACCCCCUGAGGACUGACCCUCCCUACAA